AUGGCGAAACUGAAGAAGAAGGGAAACAAAAAACAUCCGAAAAAACCCCAGAACACCGAGCAGCAGCAGGAAGAUAUGGCAAAUGAUAACAAUACGGUUGUGGAAGUCGAUUCAAUAGAUAAGAAUAGCCAGGAUAAGGUGGCAGGUGAAUUGAACCGCCCGGAAAAUCAGAUAGUGAAUAAUCCAAGCGAGGAAAAUCUCGAAUCGAGUGACACCAACGCCAAUAAUUAUGUGUUCGAAAGUGGUGUCAAUACUGAUGACAUAGGCACUAGUAGGCCGAAUGAUAAAAACAUCGAUAACGAUAAAAAGAAGGACAUCCAGGAAACCGUUUUGAUAAAGGAAGCUUCAGAAGAUCUCGUUAUUUCAAAGAUUGAAGAUGAGGAGCCUGUGUCUACUGGCUCAAGUCAAAUUAAUGAUAUACCAAAUAAAGAUAACGUAGAGGACACCAUUUCAGAGGAGCAUACAAACGAACAAGUUCCCAUAGAUCAUGUAAAUAAGAUUACUGAUCUAACAACCGAUUAUAAAGAAAACAAUCUCGAGACCAAUAUUUCAGAGCGACAUUCAAGCGAAAAAGCUUAUAUAUAUCACCCAACUGAAGAUGAUGGUUCCAAAGAAGAUAGUCUCGAGGCCUAUAUUACAGAAGACCAUACAGGCAAGAUUGAUGAGAAACCAGGUGACUGCAAAGAUAAACCAGAAAGCCCAAUUCCAGAAUACCAUUCAAACGAGGUUAAUGAUCUAGCAAAUAAUUCCGAAGAGAAAGCGGAAUACAUAAUUGUGGAAGAUCGUUCAAGCGAAAAAGCUCCUACUGAUAAUGACUGUCAAUUACCUAAAGGUAGCUCAGCCGAUGACCAUCAGCGACCAAAAUCUCCAGAAAAACCAAAAAUGAAUCCUGUUUCUGAAAAUACCCCGCUGAUAUCAAUAGGAAAAGAAACAAAACAAGACCUAGUAAUAUCAAAGAAUGAUCCAGAAUCAAUUGAUCAUAUGUCCAAUCCAACCCCAUCUAUUGAUCUAAAAAAGAACGAAGAAUCGGAAAUAUCGAAUGAUUCAAAAGAUAGGGAAAAUAAUAGCGUUUUUAAGUCAAAUAAAACUCAAGAUAAGAAUGAUUCUCAGCAAUUAUCGAAUACUAAUGAUAAUGAAACCAAUAAUGCAUCAGAUAUUCAAGGUCGUGGAGAUAAUGAGCUGUCAAAGAAAUUAGAUGAUGAACAAACCAUGAAAGCUGAAGGGGACUGUGAUAUUGGAAAGCCACAACCACUCGAAGAAGUGAAAAUAUCUCCAGGUCCAUUCUCUAUCGACGACUUGAUUAGUGGAAUAAGCUUAAACAACCCAGAAAUCCCCGAGUCUGAGAAUUCGGCUAUCACUUGUGUUGCUGCUUUUGAAGAAAAUAUAUACAUUGGUACCAAACAUGGGGAAAUCCUACACUAUUACAAAUUGGACUGUGAAUCAGGGUAUCUUCCAAUAAGCCGUCAAAGAGUACACCUUACCAAGAUCAAACCCAUUAAAAAUAUCUUAUUGUUACCUCAGGUGAAUAAAGCAUUGAUACUUAACGGAUCAAUGAUAAAUGUGUUUUCUUUACCUGAGUUAUCCCCUGCGAAUAUUGGAAAAAUCAAAGAUGUGAACGACAUGACUAUUGACGUUGAUAAUUUUUUUGGAGUGGAAAUCGAUCCAAGCGUUGGAGUUCCUGUGGUGUUGUUUACAAAGAAAAUGAUAAGGGUGAUCAGUGUCACCCAAGACAGUUUGAAAUUAGUGAAAGACAUCAGCUAUCCCCAUACCAUUAAAGGCUUGAGAAGAUCUAAAUUUUCUCUUGUGGCCACCAGAACCAAUUAUGAUUUGAUCGAUAUAGACAGUUUUCAAAAAAUCCCCCUCUUGCCAAUGUCAACCACUGGUGAAGUGCCUCAUGAAGAUAUUGAACCUUUUAUAUUUCCGAUUCUGAAACAUGAGUAUUUGAUAACAUGUGGUAGCUCUAAAGCCGACCCUGCUAUGGGAAUGAUUGUGAAUAACAAUGGGGAUAUUUCUAGAGGUACCAUUCCUUGGAGAACGUAUCCUGAUACCAUAGCAGUUAAUUACCCUUAUACCAUUGCGGUUCUUGAAAAUCAGGAAAACGAUAAUGGGUAUAAGUAUGAAGUUUCUGUACAUUCUAUCAAUGAUCAAUGUGAUGUUCAAAAAAUGGAAUUUACCGACGAGGUAAAAUUAGCAACGGUGACAAAAGUAUUUGAAGAAGAGUAUCAACCUUUGUUGAAUGUCAUUUCAAGUGUUUCAUUAAUUACUCAAGAGCCCAACAAGCCCCUAUUGACUGAGGAAAUCGAGGAGCUAUGCAAGAUUAAAUCAUCAAUUUUAAUAUAUAAUCCAAAGUCAGGGAAAAUUAGAAUGAUCAAAACAUUGCCAACUCUAAGCAGAUUACAAGCGAUAGUUGAGUCGCACAAUUUUAAUGAAUUGCAGAAAGAGUAUGAUGACUUUGUUAAGCAAUACGUUAAUGAGAAUACAUCAACUGUUGAUAUAUCUAAGGAAGACAAGGUUACUUUCUCAUUCUUAAAAGAGGCUUUGGGAUUACUGUUUAUUCUUAAUAAUAGAUUGGACUAUGGAUUCCGUUUUUGGAUAAACCAAUACGACGAUUUAGAUACCCAAAUGUUAUUAAAGCUUGAUAAUAUUGGUAUCAUGGAAGAUUUUGAUGGGAAUGAUGAGAAAAAGAUGAUCUUAUGUGACUUGCAAUUACGCCCGAACCCUAGAGUAAUAAUUUAUUUUUUCUAUUCAUUAAUGAAUAAUGCGAAAGAUAAUAAUGUGGAUUUGCUUGCUAAAUAUUUCAAUUUCAAGAGCAUUGAUAUUAGAAAAGGUCUACUUCCAUUUGCAAACCACAUUUUAGCAAAUUGCACUAGCGAUAGCUUUUUGAAGUUUUAUUUGAGGGUUUUGAUGAACUGGUUGGAAAAUUUUCAUAAGUUAAUAGGGUUGAACAGAGGGUUGUCGUCUAAAUCCAAUGAAUCUGGCGAUGAUAGUGUGGCUCCACAACCAUCGCCAUCUAAAAGGUCAAAUAGCUUUGAUCAACAAUUGGAAUCGCAUGAUAACGUUGAUGGGCUUUCAUCAGACACUGCUAAAAGAGGUGAUAGUUUAGGAAUAAUACGCCGCAAUGGAAAAAGUGGAUCCUCAGAUACAAAUGUUGCUCCAAAGAACAUAUAUAGCAGUACUCCAAACUUGAUUUAUGAAACUGAAAAUUCACACCCAGCGUUCAAACUUUGGGAGUUCCAGGUUAAAACAAGUGAUAUAGAGGAUAAGGAUUUGGAAAAUAUCCUGCUGCCAUUCGUUAUGCUAAAUAUUAAAGAAAUUGAACUAGUUUUAUUGAAAUAUUAUAUUGACGAAUCUAUGAGAACCAAAAGUGACAAAGACUUGUUAGCAUUCAUCAACGGAAAUAUCAGGAUAUGCCUUGAUGAGACAAUCCAAGUCUUAACACAUUCUGGUAAAUACUCGGUGAUAUUAAAAAUUUACGAAUCUUUGAAAAAGCCUGAUAAGUUUUUCAAACUUUGGAUGGCAUUAAUGAAUGGGGAAUUAAUCGAUGAAUCAUCUUUUCCUAUCAACUCUACCGAAAGUUUUAGAAAAUAUCAAAUUCGAAAAAUUAAUGAUAAAAUAUUGUUUGGCGAUCAACCAUCGACAUUAGGAUACAUUGAGUAUUUCAAGUUUUUGAUCAACAUAGGUGAGUUUAGCACUGUCAUAACUAAUAUUUUCGACCCUAAACUACUUGAUAAGUUGGAUGAGAUUGAGAUUUUAAAAACCAUUGAUGAUGACAUUACUGAUUCUAUGGUAGAAAAAAAUUUCCAAAAUAGCAAGUGCAAGACCGUCAACGAUCUCAAAAUUUCAUAUCUUGAAUAUUUACUUGAUUCUGUUAGUUCUAAAAGAACUGCAUUGUUUGGAAAAUUGGUUUUCGAAUACGUUGAUUAUUUGAUUGAUAUUGUAUCAAAGAACCGUGAAAUGUUUAAACGGUUCAUGGGGAAUAUGGUAGAGAAUUAUAAAUCACUAAAAGAUUUUCCAAAGGUCUCUAUCGAUAGCUAUUUCAAAAUUAGAAUCAAGACAAUGAGUAAAAAUAAUCAAGAUGGCAAUAUGGAUCGAGAUAUUAUGGUGAGAUUUUACGAUGUUAAUGCAAAGCUACUUGGAGUAUUACGAACAAUUGAUGAUGCAGAAAAGGUAACCAUAAUUGAAUUGGCCAAUGAUGAUCUAAAAUUCCACAAGCGCGAACUAUCAAGAUCUAAAACACUUGAGAAAAUAUAUGACCAGUUUUCAAAAUUCCAAAAUAUCUUCCUCAUUGACUUAAUCAACAUUGAUGGAUACCUAAAUCAUGUUGACAAAACUGUUGAGCAUUUAACUAGCGUCGGAGAUUUCGUGACCGCUGAGAAAUUCAUUAGCACCAAUGGAAAAGUCCUAUUUAACAAAAACUUUCAACAUCAAGAAAAAGUUAUUGACGAUGAGAAAAUGAAGGAAUUGUUAUUAAAGCUAUACAAAAUUUACGUCAAGGACCACGUCACGAACCAAAAAUUGAUCGAGAACUUUCUACUCAAUUAUAGCCAAUUUAUCGACUUUAAUGUUUUGUUAGAUAAUAUUCCGGAAUCUGCGUUGUUCUCGAUGAAGUUUGUGUCAAACACUAUAUUAAUGAAGAACUUAAUCGAUGUUAAUGAUAGGCACACCAUGUCAUUAACCAAGAAAAACUUAGCAAGAAGCGAAUUGAAUUUUUACAAUAGAAUACUAAGAGAAUUCAAAAGCACCCAAUAA